UGAACUUCACUGCUACAGUGUUCCUGUUUGUGGCGUAAUAAUUUGCAGUUGAUAUUGUGCCGAUAUGUGUUUUAUUUGCACCAAAGUUCAUUGACGUAUUGUUUCGCAAUAGCAUGUACCGCUUGUGACUUCCAAUUUGCGCCAGUGUUUUAUUUGCUAGUGAAGAUCUCUGGUGGCUGUGUUGAUAUCAUUGUCACGAUGACACAAUGUUUCGGUUUAUGACGUAAUAAUUGUAUUACCCUCUGAAGACCAUUGGUGCGUAUUGCAUUGCGUGAGACAUUUCUCCUACCAUCAAUCCUCAAGAGGCCUAACGCCCCUAUUCCCUCUCUACCCCUCCGCUUUCGCCCCCCCUCCCCCCGUCCUUUACUCGCGAGGAGUGAGGAUCAGUCAGUCGCUGGUUUUGAUACCGCGCGUAACGAAUACUUAGAGUUGAAUACGGUGUCAUUGUAAAUUAACCUGCUUUAUCUAAUCUAAAUUUAAUUUCAGGCGUGAAAUAUAUUGAAAUUAUUUGAGUGUGGAUCUCGAUAAUUUUAUCGUGUGAUUCUGUAUUUUAUGUACGAAAUGAACGUCUUCAUUCGUGAACAACAAAAGAUUAUGCAAAUGCAUUGAAAGUUAAUAAAAUCAUGUUUAUCCUGUUAGAAACAGUGCAUAGCAAAUUUUAGAGGAUGUUGGUGCAAAUGAGCGUCGGUAUAAUUUAAAGACGGACUAAGAAAAUGUUCCUAAAAAUAUAUGUAAUAACGACGUGCGUUACCCGGAAAAGGAGGUUAUGCAUUUGUCUAUAAGAUGUAGAAAAUUGAAGUUAUCAUGAGGUCUUAUAAUCUCGAAAUGAAGGGAGCAACUUCCAAAGAACGUAAUCCAUCAUUCAACCUGAUUCUUGGUCAGAAUUAAUUUCUGCGGUGUUUUAGAACUAAACCUGUUUUGGAGUUACGGUGAGCAGAGAGACGACUGAGUUCAAGGUUUGAGAAAACAAACGCCUAGUGUGGGUUUGUUAUGUAACAGAUCACAAAAUGGACAUAACAGGAGGAACCAAAAAUGAUUCCCGUUGGAAUGAAUCACACAUCAAAUAACAUAACGAGCUGUCACUGAUUUACCCGUACUCGACUGUCGUUUGUUUACAAAACUGCACGACUGUACAUUCAUGUGAACGCAAAACAUUAGCAUAAGAGGAACUUACAAUGAUUUAUGCAACGUCCUAGUUAUCCCAAUCGAGUAACUACAGCGAAAUUUUAUGUAUCCAGAGACAAAACGUACAGAAAGAAAGAAAAAAGAAUCUUAAUUGAAGCGUUUAUUUCAUUGUCGUCAUUUAAUUUCCGACCGACUGCAAGGACAUUAGGUCUUGUUUCCUGCGUUAUGUUUCAUCUUUGCCGCUUAUCUGGAGAAGGGCCUGUUACAGAGAAUACUAUAAAACAUUUUCAGUCUAGUCAGCGAUUUAUGGAAGUUUCGCGGAAUAUUGCAGAGUAUCGUUGGCAAUUUUCAGAACAGUUAUUUCCGAUGAAAGAAAUUUCUUACGUAACGAGCGUUGUCAGAGUUUCGUUACGAUUUGCGAAAGGUAUAGUGGAAUAUCGACCACAAUUUUGUGGACAGCUUCCGUACGGAAAGUGGUUACGGACAAUGUUGAUGUGCAUUGUGAUAAUUCAGUAGUUCUGAAAGAAGAGCAACGUAGUAAAUGGUGUGAAAUGGCCAGUAAUGCUACUAAUUCUACCACUCACGAAUUGUCUCCCAACAUUCCUUACAUGGCGUGUGAAAUAUUGGUGGCAGUGUGUGCUGUUAUCGGCAAUGCCCUUGUAAUUCUUGUGUUCUGCCGUGAGAGGCGUCUCAGGAGACGAACCAAUUAUUACAUCGUCUCGUUAGCGAUAGCUGAUCUGCUGGUGGGAUUGCUUGGAAUCCCGUUCGCCAUUCUGGCCAGCCUGGGACUGCCCACAAAUCUACACGCGUGCCUCUUCACGGUGUCUCUUCUAGUCGUCUUAUGCACGAUCUCUAUCUUCUGCCUCGUCGCCGUGUCUGUGGACCGGUAUUGGGCCAUCCUGCAUCCCAUGGGAUACUCGAGAAACGUCCGGACCAAGACUGCAAUCGCCAUCAUCGGGGUGUGUUGGAUAUCUGGGACCUUGGUGGGGCUGCUCCCUCUUUUUGGCUGGCACAGAUCACAGCCAGCGGAAGGAAUGAAAUGCCUGUUCACCGAAGUGAUGGACUAUGACUACCUCUUGUUCUUGUACUUUGCCACAAUCGUCGUACCAGCACUUUUGCUGGCAGCUUUCUACGCUCAUAUUUAUCGAGUUGUGCUCAACCAGUUGAGAAGGAUCGUCACAAUGAACCCCUCAGGAGGCUGUACGCCUGCAUCUGGCAGUGGAGGCACAAUGCUACGGAUGCUGGGUCCAGUUCAGAAGAGAGAAGUAAAAGCCACGCAGAACCUGUCCAUCAUUGUGCUAUUCUUUAUCAUCUGCUGGAUCCCACUGUACACUAUCAACUGUGUGAUGGCAUUCUGCCAGGACUGUUUCAUCCCUCUUGAGCUGACCAACUUCUGUAUCAUCUUAUCCCAUGCCAACUCGGCUGUGAAUCCGCUGUUGUACGCCUACCACUUGCGGGACUUCAGAGCUGCUCUCAAGAACUUGCUUUGCUGUUUAUUUGGCAACAAGGGAGACAGUGCAGGCAAUGAUCUCCAAGAUCGUAGGUUUGGUUCACACACCUUUCAUCAGCAUGGGGUGAACACACCUACACGAAACAACAGCAUGCAGUCACUGCAGCAAAUAAGGGCUCCACAGCAUCUGCAGCUGUAUCCAGACUUCCCUACAGUGACCUCCAAGAUCGCCAGCAGCAGCAGCACAGCCUCUGGUCUGAAUGCACCCUUGCCUCUCAGAACAGUAAUAGCCAACAUGAAUAGCAUCCACCAGGUCAUCACAGACCUACCCCUUGGCGAGGACACCGCUGAUGAUCGGCGCGGGCGCAAAAGGAUGUGGACACUGACUGAAGUGUCAUCAGCUUGUGAAGAUGAUAAACCUGCCAGCAAUGGACAUCUGGCGUUGGAACACAAUGGUGACAGUUGUGUUCAGAGAAGGAGCGGCACGAAUCGGACAUCAGGGCAAGUGAACUCUGCUUACAUUGAAGAUGCUAUUGUGUUGGACUACGGUGAAGAUGACGACGACGAUGAUGAUGUUUUUUUAUCAGAAACCAUAGCAACAUUGUCACCAAAUAGGACAGGUUUUAGUGAAAACAUUGUGGCAGAAAAUAGAACUGAAAUUAUUAGAAGUUUUGGAAAAUUGUUGGUUACUGACCAGCCUAAGGAACAAUUUGAACUUAGUGUAAGGCAAAGAAGAUCUGUAUCAAGCAGACAUUCAGCAGAUAAAGAUUUUCCUGAGUGCAGCAGCCAGUUGCACUGGCCGUGUAGUCUUAUAGUCGAUAAUGUCGAUAUAAGUAACAGUUCCCUGGAUGAUCAUGACAAGACUGAACUGUCCCCGUCUCGCUGCAGGAUGAAGGAAGUUAUUGUAGCCAACAGUGAUGGAAUCACUUGUAAUGGCGCAAGAGUUUUGAGGUUAGGCUCUGAGAAUCGUGUUGAUAAACCUGAAAUCAGUGAAAAUAAUAGAAGUUCCACUAAUUCUGAAAACCAAAGACUUAGCCCCUUGAAAAUUAUGGGUGAAUUUUUGUUCCAUACUAACAAAUCAACUCUUUUAAAAGAAGAAGUUUUAGAUGAACCGUGUAUGUUACUAACAAAAGAUGUUGAAUCUAAAGACUCCUGUGACUCUCAGAGAUUACAAGAUUCAGACACUGGCUCUGUAAGCCAUAUCUGUGAAGUGACUAAACAUUUGGAUGAUAUGAUGACUUGAUAUGCUGUCAUAUUAGCUAUGCAAUGAGAUGUGUAAAUGUAUUCCUUCUUCUGUCUAAAUGUGUUUGUCAUUCUAAAAUGUGAAUCAUAUAUAAGUGGUUUGCCAUGACAUAAUAAAUCACGUUUUCUUUUUCUGAUA